GGCGCAAAAGCAGUGCCCCGAUGAACAGUGCAAUGCAGGUUCUUUCGAGAAGGCAGAUAAUCAGAAGAAUUCACCCAGGCCUUCUGUUUUAGAGAUUUCUCAGUCGAAGGAGUUGAUUGUUAGUUCUUCACCUCGAAAAGAAAACUAUUCGUUAAGAUGGCGGCAAUCCUGUGGCAUAAAUAAAGCUUCUGGAAUAAGUGUGCCAAACAUUUGGUUUCUCACAUCCAAAAGCAUUCUAAUAUCCCUAGGUUUUCCAUGGGAGAGAAGACAGCAAGAAUAGAGGAAAUAAGUAAAGCCAACCACAAUAACUACUAACUAGAAGCAAAUGUUUAUCUGGUUUUCCCGCUAUAAGUCUCAAUCCAUGGGCUAUUUGGUAAGGAAGAAUCCCAAUUAAAUGAAGGUCAGAGUUUUGUUUCUGAAUACACACAAGCUUCCUUUUUAACUCCAGAUUGUAUUUCUGGUAACAUGGUAACCUUGCAAAUAUCACUGGGGCAAACCACCAACAAAACUGUUAUAUUUACUGCCUCACUGGGGCAAACCGCCAACAAAAAGCAUACACCAAGAUGCUACCAAACUGGCCUUUCCAGCAUGCUAGAAGAUCUGCUACUCAGGAGGGCAUAACCCAAACUACCCCCAAAAGGCCAAAGACCAGUACUCGCCUAAAAACUGCUGCAUUAUGGGACAAAAAAAAGUCAGCAUUCAGCUUAGAAUUUGGAGGUUUCAUAUCUCAUUUCAUAUUCCACCUUUUGGCUUAUGCCUUCGAUCAAGCGAUAUGUAUAUACCGUCGCUAUUCACAACAGUUUUCUAGUGAGCUCUUCCUCAAGCGGUGUCUCUUCCCCCUUGGAGGAAUGAGUGAGGCUGAAUUUGUGGGUUCAAGGCCCUCCAGGAGUGCGUGUGCAUGUGCAUGUGCAACUCAUCAAUGAAGGAAAGCUAAUUAUUUCGUUUCAUCUAUUCUUAAAUUCCCAAUUUCAAAUCCAAGCCAAAUCAGCUACAAUAAUGAUGUUCCAGCACAUUAUGAAUGUUUCUAUUUUAUUAAUGUAUUUAUCUUUUUGGUUUAGUUGUGAGAAGUGAAUCCAAGAAACCGUACCAGCCACUACCCGCCACAAAUGCUUGGAUCAUUGUAGCACUGCUCCUGUCUGCAUUGACUGCAGUCUGCUAAUUGAAGACCAUGCGGUCACAUUCUCUAGAUCCAUGACAGAGAAGAAGGAGGUUCCAAGGCAUGACCUAAAGUUGGAUAGGCUGUCAGAGCGUGAAAAGAUAAAGCUAAUCGCUAACCUAGUCAAGAUACAAAAUGAUGGGACGGUAGAAGUUGAUAUCACUAAAAGUGCACCUGUAGCUUCUGAAUUGUUGGAGCUUCAUACUGCUGAAAUGAAACCUGUCGGUGUCGCUGAUAUUACUUCUGAAUCUAAUAAAUCAAUUCCCAGAUUGAAAAUUGCCAUUCUUGUAGUUGGAACAAGAGGAGAUGUACAGCCUUUCCUUGCUGUAGCAAAGAGACUUCAGGAGUUUGGUCAUUGUGUCAGGUUGGCUGCUCAUGCUAAUUUCAGCACCUUCGUAAGGUCAGCCGGGGUGGACUUCUAUCCUUUGGGUGGUGAUCCUCGAGUUUUGGCAGGAUAUAUGGCGAGAAAUAAAGGUUUCAUACCAUCUGGACCAGGAGAAAUAUCCAUACAAAGGAAGCAACUGAAAGCCAUUAUUGAAUCUCUCCUUCCAGCAUGUACAGAAGCAGAUUUGGAAACUGGUGUUCCUUUUAGAGCUCAGGCUAUCAUUGCAAACCCUCCUGCUUAUGGACACACACAUGUUGCUGAAGCUCUUGGUGUUCCCCUUCACAUUUUCUUCACAAUGCCUUGGACGCCCACUUAUGAAUUCCCUCACCCAUUGGCGCGUGUACCUCAAAGUGCUGGUUAUUGGCUUUCAUAUAUAGUCGUGGAGUUACUGAUAUGGUGGGGCAUAAGGUCAUAUAUUAACAACUUCAGGAAACGGAAAUUGAAGCUUGCUCCUAUUGCAUAUUUCAGCACAUACCGUGGGUCAAUAUCUCAUUUGCCAACAGGCUAUAUGUGGAGUCCCCAUCUUGUACCAAAGCCAAAUGAUUGGGGAACUUUAGUUGAUGUUGUUGGAUUUUGUUUCUUAAACCUUGGGUCAAAGUAUCAGCCUCAAGAAGAAUUUGUUCAGUGGAUUCAAAAAGGACCUGAACCCAUAUAUAUCGGGUUUGGGAGCAUGCCUCUCGAAGAUCCCAAGAAAAUAACGGAUACUGUGUUGGAGGCUUUAAAAGACACAGGACAAAGAGGAAUAAUUGACCGAGGCUGGGGAGGUCUUGGGCAUAUUACAGAGAUUCCUGACAAUAUUUUCCUCUUAGAGGAAUGCCCUCAUGAUUGGUUGUUUCCCCAGUGUUCUGCUGUGGUUCAUCAUGGUGGUGCUGGAACAACAGCUACAGGGCUAAAAGCUGCGUGUCCAACAACCAUAGUUCCGUUCUUUGGAGAUCAGUUCUUCUGGGGUGAUAGAGUGCAUCAAAAAGGGCUUGGACCUGCACCAAUCCCAAUAUCUCAGUUCAGUGUUGAGAGCCUUUCAAAUGCGAUAAAUUUCAUGCUUCAGCCUGAGGUUAAGUCUCGAGCAAUGGAACUGGCAAGGUUGAUAGAGAACGAAGAUGGUGUUGCUGCUGCAGUUGAUGCUUUUCAUCGGCAUUUACCUCCAGUGCUACCCUUGCCCACUGCAUCUUUGGAGGAAGAUGAGCAACCAAAUCCCCUGCAGUGGAUUUUUAUUCAAAUUGGGAAGUGUUGCUGCCUGCCUUGUGGUUUGUAGAGUCAUUGCCAUAUUGUAGUGUUUGUAUAGUCCUGUUUAUUUUUCAUUUUUUUAUAUCAUUUUACCUCUCAUUCCAUUCAUUUCAUUCAAGUGCCUCUCUAAGGGUCUGACUCAACAAAGUUUAGAUAAAAAGUGAUAUUACAAGUUAGCAAAGAUUUUUCUCCCUGCUUGUCUAACAGUGUUUGGUUUAUCUUGAUUUGUAACACAUAAUGAGGGUAUAGUUAUAGGAGUUGAGUUUCUUCAUUUCAGACCUUUUAUGGGUUGCUCGUGUCUCUUAUCAUUUUUUUUUAUAUGAUAUUAAUUUGCUAUUCAUCGCAAUAUAUUAUUUUCUUUUCA